AUGGCUAUCCUCGACAUCAGUAAGGACCUGUCGGCCCUUUUCCGACAACAGGUCCAGGUGACACCGGAUGCUGUGGCGUUGGAGGACGAUACGGCGACAUACACCUAUGUCCAACUUGACCGAAAGGUCGAGGCUCUCGCCAAUCGCCUCCGCAAGCACCGAGUCGGCCGAGACAGCCUCGUUGGCGUGCUCCUACCACGCAGUGCCAACUAUGUGAUUGCCUGUCUCGCCGCGCUCCGGGCAGGCGGGGCAUUUCUCGUCCUCGAACUGGCUUACCCUCCUGAACUCCUGGCAGACGUUAUUGACGAUGCCCAACCAGCUGUAGUGGUCACUUACCGCGCCGAACUUGGUAAGAUCAAGGAGGGCAUUCCUCUCAUCACUCUGGAUGAGGAGCAGACAGACACCAAUGGAGAUGUGAAAGACCUCCCUCCGCUGCCUGCUGAUGAUGAUCUGGACAGACUUGCCUUCGUUUCUUAUUCUUCAGGAACAACGGGCAAACCCAAGGGCAUCGCCAAUCCUCAUCGAGCGCCAGUACUUUCGUAUAACCUGCGAUUCGGGUUUCGCGAUCUGCAGCCCGGCGAUCGUGUCGCCUGCAAUGUCUUCUUCAUCUGGGAGAUCCUGCGUCCCCUGCUGCGGGGAGCCACUGUCGUUGCAGUGCCCGACGAGGCCAGUUAUGACCCCCCCGCGCUCGUGGACCUACUCGCUUCUAAGAAAAUCACCGAGACCCUCAUGACCCCGACGCUCUUGGCCGCGGUGCUGUCGCGGCACCCAAAGAUCGGGGCUCGUCUUCCGAAGCUGCGGACCUUGUGGCUGAACGGUGAAGUCGUGACCACCGACUUGGCCCGUCGAGCAAUAAAAGCUCUUCCCAACACAACCCUGCUCAACGUCUACAGCGCCUGCGAGACUCACGAGAUUGCCUGUGGAGAUAUUGGAGAGAUGCUGGACAAUGAGGCAAACUACUGUCCCGUCGGCCCUCCUCUGGAUCCAGAACACACCUACAUUCUCGAUGAGAGUGGUCAAAAGGUGGAAGCUGGAGAAAGCGGAGAACUUUUCGUGGGCGGUAGACUCCUGGCCCGCGGCUACAUCAAUCGUCCUGAGACAACUGCCAAAGCCUUCACACCGGACCCAUUUGAUUCAGCCCCAGGAGCGCGCAUGUACCGAACUGGAGACCAGGCACGAAUCCUUCCGUCAGGACUUUUGGAAAUCACUGGUCGCGUCGGAGCCAUGAUCAAGCUUCGUGGCUACUCCGUCGUCCCCGGAAAGGUCGAGCACGCCAUUGUGCAACACCUGGCUGUUCGUCAUUGUGCAGUCACGGCUCAUGGCGAGGCGUUGGAACGGCAACUCGUUGCAUACUUUGUCCGGGACAAGGAGUCUUCCGCAGAUCGCCCGGAGUUGGAGGUUAAUGAAUUGGGGCACAGUCCAGCUGCAAGACGGACGCUCUCAUCCUACCUGGCUCACUAUAUGAUUCCGGCUCUGUGGGUGGAAGUUGAGGAGCUGCCUACCAAUGCAGUGUCUGGCAAGGUUGAUCUCAAACGCCUUCCCCAACCAACAACCCCCAAAGCUGUCAAUGGCAGUGGCCGCAGUAGCCCAUUUAAUGGACACAAGGGAGACCAUGAUCCAAUUGAUAUUGAAGCCAUCGCUGAAAUCUGGGCUGCAAGUCUCAAGAUCUCACGGAACACCAUAACGCCGGAGCACAGCUUCUUCGACCUUGGCGGUCACUCUUUGACGCUCGCAGACUUGUCUGCACGGUUCUCCAGGGUUCUAGGAGUCAAGGUGCCUCUAGCACGACUUGUCGACCCUGCGACUCUCAAUGGUCACUUGGAAACAGUGCGAUCUGUGAGAGACGGUCAUGCUGCAGCGGUGCAGGCUCAUCUGCCUGAUGUCCUCCGGAAAGACUCGACCCUUGAGGACAAUAUUCGACCCACAAAUGCCAGCAUAUGUGCGGCCAGCAAAGCAGAUACGAUCCUACUGACCGGUGCCACUGGCUUCUUGGGUGCAUUCUUGUUGAAUGACCUACUGGAAAGCACAUCGGCAAAGAUAUUGUGUUUUGUACGUUUCAGUGAUCCUUCCGAAGCCGAUCUGCCAGAAGGCGUCGCAAGGUUGCGAAGGCACCUGCUCGAUCUGGGAUUGUGGCGGGACUCGAUUAUGGAACGCGUCGAAAUCCUCCCUGGCAAUUUAUCCCGACCUCGACUGGGUCUCUCGCCGGACGCCUUCGAAGAACUCGCAGGGCGUGUCCAAGUUAUUUUCCACGCUGCCGCCAGUGUCAAUCUUGUGUACCCGUACGCUGCCCUCCGGGACGCUAAUGUGGGCGGAACAAGGGAAAUCCUGCGCCUAGCAUGUCGCGCUGGAGCCACAGUGCAAUACAUCUCCACGAAUGGUGUGUUGCCUCCAUCUCGGAAUAGCUGGGAUGAGGAUGUCAUGCUGGACGUGGACGACGUCCCAGAAAAACUGGCCGAUGGAUAUGGCCAGACAAAAUGGGUGGCAGAGAAACUCGUACGUGAAGCUGGCCGUCGAGGCUUGCCGGUGAAGGUUCAUCGAGCGGGUACAAUCAGCGGUCACAGUGCAACAGGAGCAGGGAACUCACGGGAUCUGCUUAAUGCGAUCAUUGUUGAGUCCGUUAACCUGGGAUAUGCUCCAGAUGUGGAAGGUUGGCGCGCUGAGAUGACCCCGGUCGACUUUGUUAGCAAAGCCAUCGUCCAUCUCUCGAAUCAGACCAACACCACGCAGUUCAUUUUUCACCUCGGUGAUCCUGAUCCCGUACAGACCCGGUCAGUCUUCAAAGACCUAGAAGAGCUUGGAUAUUCCACAAAACCACUCCCUUGGGACGAUUGGGUCAGCCGAUGGCAGGAGAACAGAGGCACCUUGAAAGGUGGAGAUGGUGCCUUUACCAUUGACAUCCUCCGCAGCGGCAUGCCGAGCGUCGAGUUCUUGAGAGGCAUUGUUGUGCUAAACAACGCCGCUACUAGGCCCUUGCGGGCUGUUGUUGAACGACCCAAGGUUGAUAGCGUAUUGCUCGAAACGUAUGCUCGCCAUUGGUUUGCCCGAGGAUGGUUGCCGCGUCCGCCGUCCCGUCAACAUGCUCUCGGUGGCACCGCGCAGCCCAUACGAAGAGGACCCCUGAGCGGACGUGUGGCUGUCAUUACUGGGGCUUCAUCCGGGAUCGGAGCUGCCGUCGCUGCAGCUCUGGCACGCGAAGGCCUCCAUCUGGCUCUAGGCGCUCGCCGCACCGACGCUCUCGAGGCUGUGAAGAGCAGACUUGUGGUCCGCGAGGGCAAGGUGAUAGUUCGACAGACAGAUGUGACGGACAGGAAGCAGGUCGAGAGCCUUAUCCAAGCAGCGAAUGACGAGCUUGGGCCAGUCGAUAUCCUGGUGUCCUGCGCUGGCGUCAUGUAUUACACCAUGAUGGCAAAUGUGCACACAGAAGAUUGGGACCGUACCGUCGAUGUGAACUGCAAGGGGCUUCUACAUUGCCUUUCCUCGGUGGUGCCGUCGAUGAUCUCGCGCGGUAGCGGGCACAUUGUCGCCAUAUCGUCGGAUGCGGGCCGAAAGGUCUUCCCUGGCUUAGGUGUUUACUCAGCCAGCAAGUUCUUUGUCGAAGCCACUCUACAGAGCCUGCGACUAGAAACCGCAGGGAGUGGGUUGCGUGUCACGAGCGUGCAACCUGGCAACACGGCGACUGAGCUCUUCGGCAUGUCCACGGACACUGAAGCAAUCAAGAAAUAUGGUGAGCCGACUGGUGCGCAGAUCUUGGAUCCGGAAGAUGUGGCCAAUUCGAUUGUCUAUGCAUUGAGACAACCGCAGCAUGUUGCGGUGAAUGAAGUUUUGAUCGAACCGAGGGAGGAGCCGAUUUGA